CGUAUCCCACUCACUGAGCGCGAGGCUCCGCGGCACGCGCACACACGCCUGUUCACACACUCACGCACAGUCACACACACACACAGAACCAGCCGAGACAGGAAAGAAUGAGGAAGAACUCGCACGCACGUUUUAGCUCUCUCAGAUUUGCUGAUAAAGCAUCAGAUAUUUGAACGCUACGGGUCUGUUUGGGGGAAAACAAACGCGUAUAUGGAAAGCGGAGGGUGUAUAUGUGCAUAUAUUACUCGCGCGGGUCUCUAAUCUCUCCUCCAUCUCAUAUAUAAAAACUAAACUAAUGCGAGCUGGGAUACUACUGACGGCUUCCGACACGCACUGUCUCCGUUAACACUCCUGCUGCCGCUGUCCCUCAGACUGACUACUUCCCGGAGUACCGUUACGCAGAAGUUUGUCGCCGAGUAAGGAAAGAUGAGGCAUCGUGAGACCUCCCCACGCCUCUUCCUGACCUUUCAGUGUCUAGUCAUUUUGGUGAUAGUGCUCCACAAUGUCCACCAUGUGACAGCCGAACAUGCCCCAGAUCACAGCCAGGAUCAUAGUUCUCCUGCCAACAAGUCUUUGAGCUGUGGGGGCGGCUCAGCCAUAUGUGCCCCUGGAGUCAUCCUUCCAGUGUGGGAACCCCCAAACCCUUCCUUUGGGGACAAGGUAGCCCGGGCCACCGUUUACUUUGUGGCACUGGUAUACAUGUUUCUGGGGGUUUCGAUUAUUGCUGAUCGCUUUAUGGCAUCUAUCGAGGUCAUCACCUCUCAGGAGAAGGAGAUCACCAUUAAGAAACCAAACGGUGAAACGACCACCACGACUGUACGCAUCUGGAAUGAAACUGUGUCCAACCUCACCCUCAUGGCUCUGGGUUCUUCUGCUCCUGAAAUUCUGCUGUCGGUCAUUGAAGUGUGCGGCCAUAACUUUGAAGCUGGUGACCUCGGUCCCUCUACCAUCGUCGGCAGUGCAGCUUUCAACAUGUUUGUCAUUAUUGGAAUCUGUGUCUAUGUGGUGCCCGACGGAGAACAUCGCAAAGUGAAACACCUGCGUGUGUUUUUUGUUACUGCUGCUUGGAGCAUUUUUGCCUAUUUGUGGAUGUACCUGAUCUUGGCUGUUUUGUCACCAGGUGUUGUCCAAGUGUGGGAGGGUCUUCUCACUCUUUUCUUCUUUCCCAUUUGUGUGGUCUUCGCUUGGAUCGCUGACCGCCGCCUUCUGUUUUACAAGUAUGUUUACAAGCGCUACCGAGCCGGCAAGCACCGUGGCAUGAUUAUUGAGACGGAGGGGGACCGGCCUUUACCAUCCAAGGUGGAUAUUGAGAUGGAUGGAAAGAUGCUAAACUCCCAUGCAGUGGACUUCUUGGAUGGAACUCUGGCUUUGGAACUGGAGGAUAAAGACCUGGAUGAGGAUGAAGCUAGACGUGAAAUGGCGAAGAUCUUGAAGGAACUGAAGCAGAAACAUCCUGAUAAAGAGGUGGAGCAGUUGAUUGAACUCGCUAAUUACCAGGUGCUCAGCCAGCAGCAGAAGAGCCGUGCAUUCUACCGAUGCCAGGCAACCCGCUUGAUGACUGGAGCGGGUAACAUUCUGAAGAAACAUGCGGCAGACCAGGCUCGUAAAGCAGUGAGCAUGCAUGAGGUACGCAGUGACACUGGAGAGAAUGACCCAAUUUCUAAGAUCUUUUUUGACCCUGGCUCAUACCAGUGCCUGGAAAACUGUGGCACCGUGGCAGUGAAUGUGGUUCGUCGUGGAGGCGAUCUCAAUCAAACCGUGUCCGUGGAAUUUCGCACUGAAGAUGGAACCGCAAAUGCCGGCUCAGACUAUGAGUUCACCGAAGGCACCGUUGUUUUCAAACCUGGUGAAACACAGAAGGAAAUCCGAGUUGGAAUUAUUGACGAUGACAUUUUUGAAGAAGACGAGAACUUCCUCAUCCACCUCAGCAAUGUCCGUGUGGUUCAUGAAGGUGAUGAGCCAGAGACCACUGAAGCCAAUCAUGUGGAGACCAUUGCAACGCUCGGUCUGCCCUCCACAGCAACAGUCACCAUCUUUGACGAUGACCAUGCUGGAAUCUUCACAUUUGAAGAGCCGGUCACUCAUGUGAGUGAGAGUGUGGGUGUCAUGGAAGUGAAGGUCCUGCGUACGUCUGGUGCCCGCGGGGUGGUGUCAGUGCCAUAUAAAACCCUUGAGGGAACAGCCCGUGGAGGGGGAGAGGACUUUGAAGACAGCCAUGGUUUUCUGGAGUUCCAAAACGACGAAAUUUUGAAGACGAUAACAGUCAGGGUUCUCAAUCGAGAGGAGUACCAUAAGCAAUGCAGCUUUUUCAUAGAGCUACAGACGCCACUUUGGAGAAGGAGAGGAUGGACAGUAUACAGAGACGAGGAGAAGGAGGCGGUGAAAGAAGAGGAGGAGCCUCUGACAGGUGAAGAAGAGGAAGAACGCCGCAUUGCUGAGAUGGGAAAACCAAUGCUUGGAGAUCACCCCAGAGUGGAGGUUAUCAUCGAGGAGUCCUAUGAAUUUAAGAACACCGUUGAUAAGCUGAUUAAAAAGACAAACUUGGCUCUUCUGGUUGGCACCAACAGCUGGAGGGACCAGUUUAUUGAGGCCAUCACGGUCAGCGCUGGUGAGGAUGAUGACGAUGAAGAAUGUGGAGAAGAGAAGCUUCCCUCCUGCUUCGAUUAUGUCAUGCAUUUCCUCACCGUCUUCUGGAAAGUUCUCUUUGCUUUCGUGCCACCCACCGACUACUGGAACGGGUGGGCGUGUUUCGUGGUGUCAAUCAUUAUGAUUGGCGUCCUGACGGCUUUCAUCGGUGACCUGGCAUCUCAUUUUGGCUGCACCAUCGGUCUCAAAGACUCGGUCACAGCAGUGGUGUUUGUGGCGCUGGGCACUUCAGUACCAGACACAUUUGCCAGUAAAGUGGCAGCGAUACAGGAUCAGUACGCCGAUGCGUCCAUUGGGAACGUGACGGGCAGCAACGCUGUGAACGUGUUCCUGGGCAUCGGAGUGGCCUGGUCCAUCGCCGCCAUCUACCACAACUCAAAGGGCCACGACUUCAGGGUGGAGCCAGGAAACCUGGCCUUCUCCGUCACCCUCUUCACCAUCUUCGCCUUUAUCUGUGUGGCGGUGCUCAUGUACCGGCGCCGGCCCGACAUUGGCGGUGAGCUGGGGGGUCCGCGGACUGCGAAAGUGCUGACCACCAUGCUCUUCGUCAGCCUCUGGCUCCUCUACAUCCUCUUCUCCUCUCUGGAGGCUUACUGCCACAUCAAGGGCUUCUAAACAUACGCUCACACAUACGCAGAACUACACACAUGCACACACACACACACACACACACACACACACACACACACACACAUACACAAAUUCAUGCAUUCUGGAGAAAACUAGCAAAGACUGCAGAGGAAGGCAACAGCGGUGGAUGAUGGUUUUCCACAGACCAUCGUUUCUCCACACAUCACUUGUUCAUCUUCAUCUUCCUCCGCUCAACGACUGCAUCUGAUUGGACCUCAGUGUUCAGACAUCAAAAUCUAGACUAUGAAAUUGCUACCUUUAACUACUGUAGUUGUGCUUUUUUUAACCUAAACCGGUGUAAAAGCCACGUGGGGCCGUGGAAUCUGUAAGCUCCCUUCAUAGUGCCAUGGAACUCUGGGUAAUGUGGCUGUGUGUUAUAGGUUUGUUAUGUUGGAGCAAGCGGUACUGUAAUUUUGCUUGGGUGAUUUAUUAUUUUUUUCGGACGCACCACUUUGUGUUUACGGUAAUGUAAUCGAAAGGGGUUAACUCUUCGCACAUCGUCUUAAACAGCUUUUGUUGUUCUUAAGAGCAGCUGUGUGUGUAACUAGUUCCUGUGAAGGCCAGUUUUUCUGUGCAGUUCAUUUCAGUUCAGAAGAGAAUAACAAUAAGGAGAAUGCAGUGCUAAUCUCUGCCGGCGCUGAAGCUUUAGAGACCAGAGACGCACUAGUGCAAGACUUUUAAAAGCCUCGAUCUGCUGGAAGAGCUCGGGUCGAGGAACAUCCGGAAUUUUCCAUUAUGAUUAUAGCGCACUUCGUUAUGGAUUAGAUUAUUAAUUUAUGCAAUUGAUGGAGGUCUGUGCAGUAAGAUAAUCCAGCAUGUGACAUGCUUUUGCCAACAUCACAUUGAGAGUUUACAAUUAAGACUGUUACUUUCCGUCCAAACAAACAUGUAUACUAUGGGAAAUACACCGGUGGCCAUAUUUUCAGAUACAAUUUACAGUCUUACACAGGCAAGCAUGUAAAAUUGGGAGUCUUUUGCUUGAUAAAUAAAUACACUGAGUCACUCAUCUACGUGGAGUUUACGAGGGCGCGCUUUCCCUCCAAACCUGCCGAGAUUGCUUCUUUGUACUUUAAAGAUUCGCUGCAUACAGAACUGUAAGGUAAAUCUCAUAGCGUAGUCACAGUUUUAGACGUAGCUCGAUUUUUAAAAGCAGAAGUUGUAGAACUAACCUGAAUUUGAUUCUGAUUAUAUUUAGGAAAGCAUGGUUUAAUGCAAUCAAAGCGAGCGGAGCUCAGUUUAAAUUUAGAAAACGCAAUUGCAGGAUUUUUCACUUUUUUUCCCCAGCAAGCAUUUUUUGUUUUAAAAGAUGUCUAAUAGACAUCUAAACAUAGUCAUCUUGGCUAAAACAAGGCUAAACUUGGGCUGUCAGUGAAAAUCUAAUAGACGUCUAAGAAUAGGAUGAGAAUACGAAAUAUAAGAAUGAAUAACUACACGUAAAUUAGUAUACAAGUAUAUUAUAUCUUUAUUAGAUUUUCACUGACAGCCCAAGUUUAGCCUUGGUUUAGCCAAGCUGUCUACUUUUAGAUGUCUAUUUAACACAAAAUUGUUUGCGGGGUCCAAAGUUGAAUUUUCCAGUCUUAGUGGAUAUGCUCUUAAAAAUAAAGGUUCUUCAUCGCCAUUGAUGGUCCUACGGAGAGAGCCAUUAUCAUCCGUUAAACAUAAAGGUUAUUUGAGUGUUUUUCUGCUGAUAACCCAGCUAUUGGAACCUUUAUUUUUAAGAGUGAAACUGAAAUCACGUUUCUGGACUGAGCACAGCAGAUCUGACGUGUAGAUUUUUUGGACUUCAUCUGUUGUGUAGUUUGCACCAAAAUUUGCCAAAGGGAAAAUCUUUCUAUCGGAGAACUGAAGUGUGCCACACAGCCCCUGAAGUGGGUUUUGUAUUUCGAUACUUACAUUUUUUACCCACACCAAAAAUGUCCUUGCAAGGAUAAAGAGGCCUUGGUGACAUUUCUUAUCGGUGUUUGUACUGAAGGGAUCCAGCCUACAGCUCUUUUACUGCAUCCGAACACCUUUUCUCAUGACGAAAGAGUGUUUUUAAAGGGAUUCUGAGUUGGGGUUUGUAGUUGCAGUAGCUUGAUUUUGAAAGUGACAGCUUGAAGAGCUCUUUUUUUCAUUAGGUUGUUGUGUUGUUUGAUUUUGUUUUACAUUUGUAAUGAAAGGAAUCAACAUUGUACCAGCGCCAGGGCAUUUCCAUUGGAAAACAUUGAUGAUGACCGUCGGUCCCUUAUGAAGAUGGUCCGCUGUUGCUUGCGUAUUUUAAUAUCCACAAGAAAGACACUACAAAGAAUGAAGGAAAAAAAACACCAUCAUCAAUAAAGAGACCUUUUUCUUUAAGUCUAAUAUUUAACCAAUAAACAAAGCUGGAGCGAGUCGGUGAAACCAUGUGAAUUACAGCCAUACCAAGACUCUCGCCAGACCAGACUCUCGCCGUACGUUCUGCUCGUCACGCCAAGCGGUGUGUCUCUCCGUACGGGAUGAUGGAACUCUACAUGGUCUCAACGGUUUAUACUGUAUAUGUAUUUGCUUUGGCAGAGCAGAGGUCAGCAGUCGCGCAUCUGUGCUCUAUAAAUCAGGGCGUGGCUGCAUCAGAACCACCCCCCCUGUGAAGCCUAGCCCCUCCCCUGCCCCGCCCCCUUGUUUGCCAUGUCCAUAUUUGGAAUGUUAAUGUGCUUUCUUGUUGACAAAUGCAUGGAUGCUAACCUGUCUGUAUAUAGUACGCAGAAUCCCCUUCAUUAAUGUAGUCUACCGAGGUUUGAAAGCUGUAUAGAUAUUCAGACUUUUCGUUCGUUCGUUCGUUUGAUUUUUCCGUCCGUAAGUUUCAUUUGAACGUGUUUAGGUUUUUUGGGUUUUUACUUGCACAUGUAUAUUAAAAAGGCAGUAUCUGUCGUUUGGUACAGGAGCACAUGUACAAACAGUGGAAGCAAUAUAUCAAGAUCCUUCGCUUGGUUGUUGCAAUGCCUGUAUUAUUUAACAGUGUGGCAUAUUCGAAGCGUUCAGGUGUGUGUAUGUAUAUACUGUACAGUAGAAUGAAGGCAGACUCUGCCAUUAUCACAGAGAGAAUACAACAUAUUUAUUUGAGACCCUUAAGAACUUCUGAAUGACAAAUAUUGCCUUUUAGAUUGAUUGUUGCAUAGAGCUUUUGUUCUAGUUUCUUUGCUGAGCAGUGUGUGAGUGUGUGUGUGUGUGUGUGUGUGUUUGAGCAGUCUGGAGCAGCCUGUGAUGUUUGUAUGAAUUAAGGCAACGUAGAAUUUGUAAUAUUUCUGCUCCAAAAAAAAGUAAACCAUCUGGAAAAUGUCUGUAAAACGUUAGGAGAAUGUGUGUGUGUGAAGCGUCAGGGUUUGUCUUACAUUCCUAACCCCUCUCUCUCUUCCUCACUGCUCAGAUGGACUCUAGCCUUUCAGGGGUUUAAUACUAAUCUUUGAUAAUAUUAUUUCCUCCUCUUCCCGUCUCUCUCUCUCUCUCUCUCUCUCUCUCUCUCCUCUAACUCUCCACUCCAAGGCCUCACUAACAUCUUGCAUUAAUGUGUCCUGUGAAAAAUCUAGGCUUUAUGUUGUAAACAAUCGCAGUGUAUAUGUGUAAAAAUGUUCCUGAACAGUGCGUAUACGUGUGUAAGUGUCUACAUUUCACUUAUUUAUAAUGUAUAAAUUCAUAGCAUGUAUAAAGGUUUGCAAAAACCACUCGCACUGCAGAAAAUACCGCUCCUGACUAGCUGUUUUGUCUAGUUUUCCAGUUUUACACAUGUAGGAUAAGGUUUGUUUUCAAAGAAUAUCUAUAUAUAUAGACUUAUUAUUUUUUGCUGUUCUUUAAAGCAUAAUAUAAGCAGGUUUAUGCUUAAAAAGAAGAGAUCUACUUAUUAGAACAUAUCAAAUAUGUUAUUUUUGCUAGAGAACAAGACAAAAUACUUUAGUUUUCUUUAUUUUGCAGUGUAAACAACAUGGCAGAAAGCUCUCAUGCCAAAGCAGGACUGAAUGUAUUGUAUGUAACGUAAUAGCUAAUCUAAAUGAAGGUUUUAUUAUAUUAUCUGUCUUGUACAGAUCGAGGGGCUCGAAUCAUUGUGUGUGCGUGUGUACGAUCACUGUAAGCUUAUGCUGAGAGUCAUGUUAAUGCAAGUGUGUGUGGCCUUGUGGCAUAGUGUGUCUUACACAGUCCUCUUGUCAUGGGCUUAUUUAAGCUGACUCUGUUUUCCUCUCUCACGCUCUCUCUCUCUCUCUCUCUCUCUCUCUCUCUCUCUCUAUCGCUUUAUUUCUCGCUGUUCUGUUUUGAUCGUUAGGUUGUUUUAUUUCCGAACUGAAUAAUUAAAUAUGAGAUUUUUUUGUUUUGAUUUUAUUUUUAUGUUGCACUCAAUCUAAUAAGAUGGACGUCCACUAACUGUGAUUGCUCCCCUAGUACACCUCUACACAGGAAAUAAAGUUUGGGAAAUCCUGUUUAGAGCCAA